UAUUACUUCAAAUUGGUAUUAUUAUUGAUUGAUUGAUUGAUACAUAGAUAUGUUUGUUACUUUAGGAAGUUGGAUAUGGAUACUGAGAAAUUGAUACAAAAAUACCGACAUGUUUCAAGGGAAGAAAUAGAGGGGAUAAGAAAAACAAAUGAUCACGAGGGGUUGAGUGAUUCCAUUGUCGAGUCUACCGUAGACAUCCUUGAUAGCUUGAGAGAGUAUGAAAGGAUAAACGGAAAAGAAUCUGUUCUGGUUGGUCUUCUAAUUCAUCUGUUGUCUGUCAAGUUUCUACCUAAUAGCUUGCAAGAUACACCCCCCACCAUCUCUGGUAGGAUAUACACUGAGUUUGGUGAUUUUGAAGUUGUUGGAUUAGAUGGCAAAUACUUUUUGAAACUUAGCGACCGACAAUCAUCUUGGCCUUUGACGUGUAUGCCUUAUCAUUGUACCCGUUUUGUGGUUGAUCUUGCUAUGGGGGGGAGGACUUUAGGAAAGAGAUACAUUUCCUGUGAAGAGGAUACAACUGAUUUUGAACAAGUCGACGAGAAAGUUGUUGUUACUGAGAUUGGCGAUUUCAGUUUGCGCUACAUUGCCAUGCCGUUUGCUAUUUAUGCUCGUGUGCGAGUGACCUUUCAUCACAAGCAAGAUUGUAAGUUAGAGGGUGCAAAUCACAGUUUCCUUGACAUCAAGGGAAAAAUCAUUGCAAGUUAUGGCGGCAACACUUGCAAUUCAGAAGCCUGUAUUCUCUUUGAUAAAGAAUCUGAUGACUUUGAACGACUUAAUUUUGAGAAACAAGUAUAUCCUCUAGAAAGUGUUAACAUGAAUUUGUCUCGGUGUUGGGUUGGUUUACCGGCAUAUUCAUCGAUUAUUCUUAUGUAAAUCUAAUGGAGCUCGGAUCGGAACACAAACUUGUUAAAGAAAUCUUGGAAUUUCAAGUUGGAAACAAAUAUUUUUCAUAUAAAACCUUUAUUGUUGGUGACAUCCUCAUCGAAGUUGGUGUGGUAUGAAUUCACCAAUGCAAAAUGACAAGGAGCGUGCUAUGAUGUCUGAGGAUGAGUCUUCUGAGGAGCAUAUGUGUGCACAAGGGACAAGUGAAGACGAUAGAGAUGAUGAGCAAAUGAUUGAGUCUGGUGUAGCCGAAGCAUCAUCAAAACUCAUGCGCCCUAGGCUUGGAGUACAUUGAAGUAUGCUGUUUCCAAGUUCUAUGGUUGAAAUAUAUGCUGUCUACAUUGGUCGUGACAAGCUCAAAGCUUUGCAGCUCUAUGGAUCAAUUGAAGUCUCAACUCUUGGUAAUGCAUAUUACUGUUUUAAUAGAGAAGCAAGUGAUGCUUUUGGAUUGUUAGAGGGGAGCAAAAAUUUACCUUUGCUUGAUGGAUCUCUGGAGUAUGAUGAUUGUGACUCAUUUAAAAUGAAAAUUGAUCUCAAAGAUGUCGAAGGUCUUUUGUGCAUUAGAGGUUACGUAAAUUGGGAUGAUAGGACCCUUGAAUAUGGCACGCGAUGGUUUAAUAAACCUCUAUGCUCAUUCGUUGAAGGUCAACAUGGUUUUGCUGCCAUAUGUUACUCAUUUUUUCCACAAGCAGUGAAAGCAAAUCUAAUGGUUUUGUGUGCACCGAAACAGAAAAUUAGCAGUGAGAGUUUUGAAGGCUUUCCAAGAGUUUACGGUAGUAUUACUGCUCAGCACGGCUACUUUGACUACACUAGCCGCUACAACAAAGAUUAUUUUCGAGUUACACUGUUUGAGAGGAGUGCAGAGAAUGCAAUGCAAACAAGUGCCGAUGGUGUGAUCUCGCUUUCAAGAUCAAUAGUUGUUGUUCCAUUGGACUCGACACUUGUGGUUGGAUUAGAUUUGUCUAUCUGUGUCGGAGAUAAUCAAGUCUCGUUCAACUCUUCAGCAGAUCUUAAGGUUGGCGCAAGUAACUUCAGUGUGGAAAGUGAAAGCAAUGACUAUUCGGUUCAUAUAAAUGUAAAAUGGCUAGACUAGGAGUAGUAGUUUAAUGGUCAGUCUUAUUACUAGUUUAAUUUAAGUUAUGUGGAUGUAAAAUCAGUAGAAGUGUGACUCUAAUAUCAAAACCUAAAAUACCCUCAUUUUGCUGUGCUUAGGCAACACUGCAAAAGAUUGUAGCAUUUCUGUAAUGCAUGGGAUUAAUUUCAUCGACUUUUUAUCUAUUCCGUAUUUGUUUUUCAAGUUGAUAUCACAUAUUGACUAACUGUCUAUCUCACUACCUAAAUGCUUCUCCGUGGAUUUAUGGACUGUAUCCUCCCUGCCAGUAACUUGUAACUGGC